GAGAUGACAAGCUUGAUUUUAAUAAGGUGUUUUUCCAAUAUCAAAAAGAUUGUCUCUCCAAGUUUCAAAUAGAACAAUUUUACAACUGGUCUUUUGCCAUGAUCAUCAUUUAUUAAUCUAUGGAUAUGAAUUCAUAUAUGUUCACAACAAUGAGUCUUCUGGGUCUCACACGACAACGAACACGAAAUCAAGGAGAGAAUGAAAUGAAGGAUAAAGAAAUAGACAUUGCAUGCAAUGUAGGUAUAGAUGGAUCAGAACAGUAUAAAAAGGGCUGUGUUUCCCUGCCUUUUUUUUUCCUCUCAUUAUUCAACAUCACUCACCUCACUCUAUGUACGCCAUCAUCAAAGCCGAUUGUGUUUCUGCGCCUAUCGUUGUUGCUUACCGGUUCAACCGGGUGGGUAUCCGCAUUAAAGUAAAGGAGGGAAACGACUAUUGCAAGAUUCAAUGCUAGUGUCCUUACCUGGCUCUGUACUGCCUUUCUCAUUUGGGGCCCAACGAGCACUGUACUCUG